CUUCACGGGUGAAACUAUCCUCACAUGAUUUAAGUUCUUACAGCUACAGAAAAGGAAAUCAACUCAAAUCAAUCGAACUCGGGUUGAGUUCCGCGUUUUCCAGCGAAACUGCAGCAAAGAAGUGUGACACAUUACAGGGCAAAUCACAUAUGAUUCAUGUCGGAUAAAGGCCAGCAAGGAAGCAUCUUCGACAUGGAGGCGGCUCGACAGGAGAAAACCCUGAAGGCAGCUGUAAGAAAUGACGAGGAGUCCUGAAUUGUUGGAGAAGCGGCAGAUGAGCUUAUAAGGGGUCCCCGAGGUGGUGAGAUGGAGCAAGCGUACAGUGAACUGUACCAGCAGUUUCUACAACUGAGGUCACUUUGCCUGAGACAGGCAGCUCUGUUACAUCAACUCACAACAACUCUGCAGAAACAGCAAGGUGCUAUCGUUCCAAAUGGAGAGCUGAGUGAUAUGAUGUCCAUCCCUGUCCAGUGUACCCAAGAAAUCCCUUUCUAUCUCCAUGAAAAGCCUCAACAACUAACAGCCACAGGACAGAACCCUGCAGCACAGCUUGACUGUCUCUCUGGAAAUGUGGGGACUUUCUCUGAUCUCCUCACCAAAGAUAUGUCCAAGCUCUGUGUGGAAGUGCCUCAUCAGAGAAAGGAAGAUGGGAAGUUGGAGCAAAAGGUCGGACCCCUGUUAAGUCAGGACUCCUCGCGGUGGCAAGGGGCUUCUGCCAAUGCCUCAAAAAAUCUGUUGCAAGCAGAUAAUCAUGGUGGAGACAGGACAAUGCACACAGUGAGGAUGUCUGCGGCAGCCAGUCCCUCCCUGGUCAGUGACUUCCCGAGUCAGCCAGGCGGAUUGCUGAUGUCAGACGUGGCGCUGCAGUCUCAUGUUUGUGAAUUCUGCCAGGCGGUUUUCCCUGGAGACACAACCACCAGAGGAGAGUUCCUACGACAUCUUUGCACCCACGUCACCUAAACUACUGAUCCAUGCUUUCCUCCUCACAUAUGGGUUAUGUAUUCACAUGCAGGUUAUAAGACAGUUUACUUGAUAUUUGGAAACGUUCUUCAUAUGUUUAGCUGUUUGCCUGUAGAUGAACUGUGAAGAUGCUGCUGCUGGUAUCUUUUUUCUGUGUCUAUGUAAAAUGAAGGGUGGAAAUAGACUUCCUAUGCUACCUCCCUAAAAACAUACUUUCUUACAUACACCUGCAGUACUACUGUAGUAUCUAGUCAUGGUUUUAUUCGUUCAGGUUUUAAGAUAUCGUGUUUGAGAUUCAUGACUCAGCCCUAAUACACAGGACUGAAUGAAAUUUAAUUUGUGCGGCUCACAGCAUUGAAAUAUCACAUAAGAAAUCACCAAAAUCUCUUUGCAGUGGUUAGUGAUUAUUCUGUUACUCUGGAUGAUCCACAGACCGCGCUGUCAGUUUUCAGAGGGAGCAUUUCCUCAGUAGAAAGCAUUGUUAAACUAACCCAACCUCAGACUCAGAAAGAGCAAAUUACACAGAAGCUAUAUACAUGGCCAGAUACUACUAGAUAAUGUUUUGUUGUUCAGAUAACUACUAGCUGCUUCACAUUAACAGGAAUUAUUGUCCAUAUAGUCUCCAUUAUAUUUUUAGUUUCAACUUUCAACCACUACAUAUUUGCUUCAUGCACACUGAUCGUGAGCCUACCCAGAUGCUUUAAUGUAGCCCAUGAUACUACCAGGAAAUACAAUAUUUUUGUAUUGUAUUUGUAUGUUGGUGACUAUAAGUCCCGGACAACAAAAACAACGCAAUAUGAGAUCAAUAGAGAACACAUGUUUGAAGAGCAAGAACCUGAUGGCCUGCACGGCACUAAUAUAAAACUAUGUUUAUGGGGAAUAAAUCUUUGAAAUAAAUAAGGUAAUUUGUGAUGUUAAAACAAAAUUAUCUUUCAAUCUAGCUUUAUUUCUAGGGCCAGAAGGACAAAAAUCCUCUGCCGCAUUUAUUUGGGUGGACCUCUUGUGUGCUAUCGAUUAAUUAAUAAGAUGGCUAAUAAUGCUAGUUAUGCGCAGUGAGACACAAUGUUGUGUUUAUGAUCUUAAGUAACUGCUUGGAAAGAUAAAAAUAAAGAUAAUUGUUAAAACUGAAAUAGGUAACUUUUUGGCGGAGCAUCAAGUGCCGUGCCUGUAACAUCAUUCCUGUCUCAUCUUGUUGUUGUUGGUAACUUGUUAUGAAAUGGGUAACUGACCAGUGAAUAUUAAACCUUUAUGUAACUCUAACUCUGUUUGCCUUGGUUUUAGAUGCAAAUGUCAGCACAUUUAGUGUUAAUGCUGUAUGUUAUAAAGAAAAUCUAUUCUCUCUAA